AUGUGGUGUCAGCAACAAUUCAGUUUUCAUUACUGUACUGCAUGCCUUCGCGCACGCCAUCUUGGGGCAACUUUUCACCGUGCUGAUGAGGCUGUCUCAGCUAGAAUCAAAGGCCUUUUGCAACAUGCACAACAAAUUCAAACAGCGGAUGGUAACCAAGAGAAGCAGAAUGGGUCACCCAACGCAACUGAGGGCGCAAUGUCGAGAAGACCAUCCAUACUGGCCGACGAAUCGAUGUUAGAGGUUAGUGGAUCUUCGCGCAAAAUCAUGUGGGAGGCAAGUUUCUCUGAGGAUUUGAAAAAGAUCAGCCCUUAUAUCGACACCGCGGAGUUCUUACCAAAUGAGAUUAUUCAGAAACAGGACAUUAUCCCACCGUGGAUUGAGAAAGAACAGAGGAUGGCCAAGGACAUUGAGCGUUUUUGGAAGCAGUUGCGUAAUGAUUGGGAAAAACACAUUGUGCAACUCAAUGCAAGGUCUCUGGAGACUGCGGAAGCACGGUUGGACAAUAAUGGAGGGAGUGGGUCAAAUGGGAUUGUAGAUGAGGAAUCCGCUGAGGGGAUGGAUACAGAAGGUGGGAACAAGGUUCGAAUUAAAAAUGAAGGAAGUUUCAUCCCGGACCCCAAGUCCCCAACUAUCUCCCAUCCGACACCUGAGAACCAACUCUCCGAACUUCCCCGUGUAACAUAA